GAGAGUGAGUGAUAGAGGCUGGAUGGGAAGGUAGAGCGACAUAGACAGUAUGUGGGGAGAGGAGGAGGAGAGAGAGAGAGUCGCCAUUACUGCCUGGCGGUGGUGCUGAGAGGGGAGGGAGCAGCAGAGAGGAGCAGAGAGGAGCAGGGUUUCGGCUUACAGCGCAUACCACACUAACAACACCAAAAUACACUAAAAUACAGGCUGCCCGGCCGCUCGGAGUUACAGAGGACUACAGCAAACUUCGUGUUUUGUCGGAGGACACUAAUGAUCGCAGCUCGUGGAUUGUACACGGAGUUUUUUUUUUUGCCUCGUAACGUGGGAAUGCUUUCUCCUCUUUUCCGUGGUAUGUGGAUCUGGGAGCGACCAUGUUAUUAGGCAGGUGAUAAGAGGAGAAGUCGGCUGUUCUAUCCCAGCUUAAAGAAGACCCAGGAUAGAAACUGAAAGAGCUACGAAGAGCUGAAGGGGGAUUCACCACUACUGAGGGAAAAUCAGAAUGAAAGUGCCUCUGUACCACUGACAAGUAGAACUGGAAUGAUAUCUUGACCUUUUUUCCUGGAAGUGACCAAGUUAGCGAUGAGUGGGGGGAUAUAAUGGCCAAGAACAAGGAUGCGCGCCCCCCGACAUUCGCCGUCAGUGUGGUUGGCCUCUCGGGGACGGAGAAAGAGAAGGGAAAUUGUGGUGUGGGCAAAUCCUGCCUAUGCAACCGUUAUGUCCGUCCUGAUGCGGACGGUUACUACUUGGAGCACACCUCAGUGCUGAGCACAAUAGACUUUGGGGGACGUGUGGUUAACAAUGACCACUUCCUGUACUGGGGGGAAGUGUCCCAUCGAGGGGAUGAUGGGUUGGACUGUAAAAUCCAAAUCAUUGAACAGACAGAGUUCAUUGAUGACCAGACGUUUCUUCCGCAUCGGAGUACGAACCUGCAGCCAUACACCAAACGAGCGGCGGCAACCAAGCUCCAGUCAGCAGAGAAGCUCAUGUACAUCUGCACGGACCAGCUGGGCUUGGAGCAGGACUUUGACCAGAAGCAGAUGCCUGAUGGGAAGCUGAACAUUGAUGGCUUUGUGCUCUGCAUUGAUGUUAGCAAGGGUUGCAAUAGGAAGUUUGAUGACCAAAUGAAGUUUGUUAACAGCCUCUACUCCCAAAUUGUCAAGUCAAAGAAGCCUAUUGUCGUCGCUGCCACAAAAUGUGAUGAGUGUGUGGACCAGCACCUGAGGGACCUGCAGGCUUUUGUUGCCAGCAAGAAGAACCUGCAGUUAAUUGAGACGUCAGCACGCUCUAAUGUCAAUGCAGAGCUCUGCUUCAACGCCCUCAUCCAGCAGCUGGAUAAAACAAGGGGGAAGCCAAAAACUGUGCCAUACCUGGAGGCCUAUAAAAUCCAACGGCAGCUUGUUGCCUCAGUAACAGAUAGAUUUGAGAAAUUGAUGCUGCACACGCUGAGAGAUUACCACACCACGUGGACAACAGUGGUCAAUAAUCUUAAGGGCCAACCAGACUAUGACGAGUUCAUCACCUUGGAAGGCUCCAGGAAAGCACGCAACAUGUUCACAAAGCACAUUGCACAACUGAAGCAGGAGCACAUCAAGAGGAGGAGGGAAGAGUACCUGACAACACUACCGAAAACCCUUAACAACCUCCUCAAUAACCUGGAGGAGGUUGAACACCUCUCAUGGCCCGAGGCGCAGAGUGUCAUCCGGAACCGGCCUGAUUUCCAGUACUGGUUUGUGAUUCUGGAGCAUACGCCGUGGGAUGAGACGGACCACAUAGACAUAAGUGACCGCAGGAUACCUUUUGACCUUCUCGAGACACCCGAUGGUGAGAGAAUUUACCAUAACCAUGUCCAGCACCUGUUGUCUGAGAAGAGAAGGGUGGAGAUGAAAGAGAGGUUCAAGAAAACGUUGGAGAGGGUUCAUUUUAUCAGUGCGGGUCAGCCUUGGGAGGAAGUGAUGUGCUUUGUUAUGGAGGAUGAGGCCUACAAGUACAUCACAGAAUCAGAUAGGAGGGAUGUUUAUUGUAGACAUCAGCAGGAAAUAGUUGAAAGGGCCAAAGAGGAUUUUCAGGAAAUGCUUUUUGAGCAUGCUGAGCUAUUCUAUGACUUGGAUCUGAAUGCCACCCCUAGCUGUGAUAAGAUGAGUGAAAUUCACAGUGUGCUGAACGAGGAGCCCAGAUACAGAGCGCUGCAGAAACUUGCCCCAGAUAGAGAGUCGCUACUCCUCAAACACAUAGGGUUUGUUUACCAUCCCACCAAGGAGACAUGCCUGAGCGGGCAGAACUGUGUGGAUCUGAAAGUGGAGCAGGUUUUAGCAAACAGGCUAGUGCAGCUUGACCACGGACGCUCCAACCUCUACUACAACAGUGCCAACAUCGAUAAGAUCAACCUAUGCCUCUUGGGAAGGGAAGGUCUUUCACAGGAACUAGCCAAUGAGAUCCGAGCUCAGUCCACAGAUGAUGAGUACACCCUGGACGGUAAAAUAUAUGAACUGGAGCUUCUUCCUGUGGACGUCAACUCCACACUGCUCUUCAGCCAUACAUGGGUCAACACUUUCAAGCCACAUGGCUGCUUUUGUGUCUUCAACUCCAUAGAGUCCCUCAACUGUAUUGGAGAUUGCAUAGGCAGGAUCAGAGCGGAGAUAGCACAGAGUAGGAGAGAUAGGUUUGCUCAGCCACUACCAUUCAUUCUCAUUCUGGCAAAUCAAAGGGACAGUGUUUGUAAAAACAUACCUAUCCUGAGGCACCAGGGCCAACAGCUGGCAAACAAGUUGCAGUGCACCUUUGUCGACAUCCCCUCUGGAGCGUUUCCACGUAAAUUCACAGAAUUCCAAAUUAAGCAGGGUCUCCGGGCAGUGCUGGAGGGGCUUAAACAUAACUUUGAUGUCUUGGCUCCACUGCCUUCUAUCAAGGACAUGUCAGAGACAGACCUUAGGAUAGUCAUGUGCGCCAUGUGCUGGGAUCCUUUCAGCGUUGACCUCAUCCUCUCGCCUUUCCUAGACUCACAUUGCUGUAGCGCAGGGCAACCAGGCCAGAGCAACACACUGAUACUAGACAAGAUCAUCGGGGACAGCAGGAGGAGGAUCCAGGUCACUGUCCUCUCCUACCACUCUGCCAUUGGCGUCCGCAAAGAUGAACUGGUGCAUGGCUACAUUCUGGUCUACUCCGCCAAACGCAAGGCGUCUAUGGCGACCCUGCGGGCGUUCUUGGCUGAAGUCCAGGAUGUUAUCCCGGUCCAGAUGGUAGCGAUCACAGACAGCCAGGCAGACUUCUUUGAGAAUGAUGCCAUCAAGGAGCUGAUGACAGAGGGGGAGCACAUUGCUACAGAGAUUGCUGCCAAAUUUACAGCACUGUACUCACUGUCACAGUAUCAUCGUCAGACAGAGGUUUUUACACCCUUCUUCAAUGAAGUGCUGGAGAAAAAGCCGAGUAUUGAGAGUUCCUUCCUGUUUGACAACUCGUCACGGGAGUGCACCACUGGUGCCAGCGAAGACGUCUUCCCCACCUCGCCGCAUAGCCAUUCCCCGGCCUACAAUACCUAUUACCCAGAAUCAGACGAUGAUAAUGAGGCCCCCCCACCUUACAGUCCAAUAGGUGACGACGUUCAGCUUCUCCCUACACCUAGCGAGAGGGCCAAGUACCGGAUCGACCUUGAAGGCAAUGAGUACCCAGUCCAUAGCACGCCUGUCGGAGACCAUGAACGCAACCACAAAGUGCCUCCACCUGUUCGGCCCAAGCCAGUGCUCCCCAAACCUAAUGUCAAAAAGCUGGACCCCAACCUGCUCAAAACAAUUGAGGCUGGCAUGCGAAGCAACCGUAGGACGCCACGUGGCCCAAUGACACACGCCGAGGAUGUGGAGGCAUCAGAAAACUAUGCAGACCCUGUGGACACAUUGCUAAGGUCCAGGGGCUUCCACAACGACGACAUUUAUGCUGUGCCUGAUGACACACACAGCCGUUUGGUCAAAAUUAGAAACUCCUUUGGUGGGUUACAUGGCCUACAUGGAGGAGGAGAGGAAGAGAAUGGAUUUGACAGGAAGUCUCAGGCUGGACGACGGCCGUCAAAAUACAAACACCGUUCUAAAAUAUUGUUCAGCAAGACAAAGGCCUACCAAAGACGAUUCCACUCUGACAGCGACGGGGAGGAGUCUGGCCCCGCCACGCAGAAAAAGAAAAAGGGAAGAGCCCAUCGGGGCAGCGAGGAGGACCCACUGCUGUCCCCUGCUGACCCUUGGAAGGGUGGGAUAGAUAACCCUGCAAUCACCUCUGACCCUGAGCAGGAGGACAAGAAGAUGAAGAAGAAGAAGACGCCCAAGACGCCAAAGGAGCCGAAGAAGCCAAAAUCUUCCAAGCCCCCCAAACCCCUCUACCCCCCCACCCGGAGAACCUGGGAGAGCAACUACUUUGGCGUUCCCCUGCAGAACCUGGUGACCUCGGAUCGACCUAUCCCACUCUUCAUUGAAAAAUGUGUCGAUUACAUCGAACGCACAGGUCUGACGACAGAAGGUCUGUAUCGUGUCAGUGGGAACAAGACGGACCAGGACAACAUACAGAAACAGUUUGAUCAAGAUCACAGCAUCGACUUUGUGGUGAUGGACGUGGCGGUGAACGCUGCUGCCGGAGCGCUCAAGGCUUUCUUUGCCGACCUGCCCGAUCCGCUGAUCCCCUACAGCCUGCACCCGGAGCUGGUGGAGGCCGCAAAAAUCGUGGACUACAUCGAGCGUCUGCAGGUCUUACGGGAGAUCGUGAAGAAGUUUCCUUCCGUCAACUACCAGGUCUUUAAAUACAUCAUCACACACCUCAACAGGGUGAGCCAGCACAGCAAGACCACCCUGAUGACGGCCGACAACCUGUCCAUCUGUUUCUGGCCCACACUAAUGCGUCCCGACUUCGAGAACAAGGACACACUGUCCACCACCAAGCUGAACCAGGCGGUCAUCGAGUCCUUCAUCGUGCAGAGCGACUACUUCUUCCAUGGCGGCGAGGUGGCCGAGAGCUCCAGCAGCGAGGGCACGCCGCCGCCACACUGCCACAACAUGGUGGAAGCUCUGCUCCCGCUGCAGCUGCCCCCGCCCCUGCAACCGCAGCAGAUCCAACACACCCUGCACCCCGACCCGCUCAUCUGAGAGCCCCAGGAGCAUGAUGGGAAAUGAAGUCUGGGGUUGAUUGUGUGCGGCUGCUGGCUGCUUUCGGCCAACAGUCACUUGUAGGUCGCCUUCUGCUCUGCAAAACGCUGGUCGGCUGUUGAAAUAAAAAAAAAUAAAAUAAAAUAAAAAAACCCGGUUGGUGAAUUUUGAGGAAUCAUCAGCUGCUGUUUCUCAUCGACUUUGAGGUGAACUAGCUUCAUCGACCGUUUGUUGGAUUAAAACUAAUCUGUGAGAUGGACUCAUCCUGCGCGGUGAAUCCCGGAUUAGAGAAUUACAAUUACAAUUUUUGGAUCUGACUGCCCCUUUUUAUGAAACGAAGACUGAGGAUAGUUGAAGAAAGAACUGAUUUGAUUUGGCACAUAACAACGACACUAAUCGUUCAGCAGGGUCUGACUUGGACUCUGGGGAUUCUGGGACACGUGUGGGGCAACAUAAAGAUUCUCCUCCUACCUUACCCUGAUGGAA